AUGCAGCAGAACCUAAGCUACGUGUAUCCCCAGAUCUUCCUGGUGGACCGCGGGGGGUUGGGGGGGUCGGGGGGGUCGGGGGCUCCUGGCCCAGAGACAACGGCCCUGCCGGCCUGGCCAGUGCUGCCCCCACAGCUGAAGCAGGGGAGGGGAGGGAGAGGGGGCUGCACUGCGCUCCUCCUCGCCUUGCUGCUCCUCACCAUGGCUGGGCUGGGGCUGGGAGCGUACUACAUCCUGAGACUGCAGCAGGAGCUGACUGAGCUCCGACAGGAUUCCACAAGUACCAGCUCCAGGAACCUGACCCCAGUCCUGGAGAAACAAAUUGGACUGGCGGUGGAGGAAAAGGAAACCAAGAGAAUGGCGCAUCUGACAGUGAAGAGUGCCAACGGGCGCUCGGAGACCCUGCUUUGGGAGCCUGUCGUGGGCAAGGCCUUCACCGAGGGCAUGGAGUACCGGGACGGGGCGCUGCUCAUCAACGAGACGGGUCAGUACUUCCUGUACUCGCGGCUCCUGCUCCGCGGCACGACCUGCCCCCGGGACCGGGCCAUCGUGCACCGGGUGUUCAAGCGCUCGGGACGCUACCCCGCUCCUAUCUCCCUGCUGGAGGACCGCAAGCUCAGCUACUGCUCCGGGGAGCGCAUGUGGACUUCCAGCAGCUACCUGGCGGCUGUCAUGCAGCUGCAGAAAUUCGACCGCGUCUCUGUCAACGUGUCGGAGCCCCAGCUGGUCAGCCUGGAGCCCGCCAACACGUACUUUGGGAUUUAUAAGAUUUAACAGGACUGGAGGAGGGGGGUCUUUGCAGCCAGGGAAGCCUGGAGGGAGGCCGUGCGUAUCAGCAGACGGAGCUGAGGAGCCUGGGAGACCCUGGGUGAGACUGGGUGAUCCUGGGUGUCGGUCUCUCUUCAGCCGUUAGUUCAUUGUGUCAUUGCUCCCCUGGCAUGUCCUUUGCGAGACGGUGUGGAAGAGGACUCCCCUCACACUGUUAGGUAGCAGCAACAGGGACGUAGUGUUUGUGUUGGUGCUGAAUCGAGAACUCACAAUCCAGCCGCUGUUUCCUCUUACCUGCACAGGAGACAGUCGAGGUCGCUUCCUGGACUGUUGCAGGAUGCAACUUUUAUUCCAUGACUGAUCCCGCAACAGCAGACACCAGCCCCAGUGUACCGGACACCAGCCCACUGAUUUCCAUUGAGCCUGCACCCUGUAAUGCUUAAACUGUGUUACCACAGAGUGGACUAAAAGCCUUCUCCCGUAACAGAGCCUGAUACACUAACAGGCAGCUCUGAGUAACUCCACAAUGACACCCCUCUGACUGACAGGGAACUGGAAAGAAAGACGCAGUCUCCUGGGGGUGCCUAGGAAUGCGUGUCUCAAUUAGACACAGACUCUGUGUGUGUGUGUGUGUGUGUGUGUGUGCGUGCAUGUGUGUGUGUGGCUCUU